AUGUUUCCUGACAAAAUUAUUCCCAAGAGCACAAUUGAUGUCAUAUUAAAUUGUUUUCUUUUCUUUUUUUUUUUUUUUAAAGACGAACGUGUGAUAUUUGUACAGCUCUUCGUGGCUCAUUCUAUCUUGCUUACGUUUUCAUUUCUCUUUUUCUUUUUCUUUUUCUUUCUUUCUUUCUUUCUUUCUGUCUUUCAUUCCUUCCUUCCUUCUUUCUUUCCAUUGUAUUCUAUUCUAUCCUUUUUUCUUUCUUUCUUUCUUUCUUUCUUUCUUUCUUUCUUUCUUUCUUUUGCAUUCUCUUGUACUUCCUUCUUUCCUUUAUUCUUUCUUUCUUUCUUUCAUUCAUUAAUUCCUUCCUUCUUUCUUUCUAUUGUAUUCUAUUCUAUCCUUUUUUCUUUCUUUCUUUCUUUCUUUCUUUCUUUCAUUCAUUUAUUCCUUACUUCUUUCUUUCUAUUGUAUUCUAUUCUAUCAUUUUUUCUUUCUUUCUUUCUUUCUUUCUUUCUUCUUUCUUCCUGUUGUAUUCUGUUCUAUCUUUCUUUCUUUCUUUCUUUCUUUCUUUCUUUCUUUUGCAUUCUCUUGUACUUCCUUCUUUCCUUUCUUUCUUUCUUUCUUUCAUUCAUUAAUUCCUUACUUCUUUCUUUCUAUUGUAUUCUAUUCUAUCAUUUUUUCUUUCUUUCUUUCUUUCUUUCUUUCUUUCUUUCUUCUUUCUUCCUGUUGUAUUCUGUUCUAUCUUUCUUUCUUUCUUUCUUUCUUUCUUUCUUUCUUUCUUUCUUUCUUUCUUUUGCUAAAUGUUCUUUCUUCCUUUACUCUUGGAGUCUUUCUUUCUUUUACAUGAUUUUCUUUCUUUCAUUCUUUCUUUCUUUUUCUUCCUUUCAGAUACUUUCUUUCUUUCGUUGCCAUGAUCUUCCUUCUUUCUUUCUUUCUUUCUUUCUUUCUUUCUUUCUUUUUCGCCUCUUAUUUUUCUUUCUUUCUUAUCCUGUUUAUUUUUCUAUCUAUCUAUCUAUCUAUCUAUCUAUCUAUCUAUCUAUCUAUCUAUCUAUCUCAGUCUUUCUUUCUUUCUUUCUUUCUUUCUCAAACCUGUUUUUUUUCUAUCUAUCUAUCUAUCUAUUUUAUUUUCAUCUAUCUAUUGUAUCUAUCUAUCUAUCUCAGUCUUUCUUUCUUUCUUUCUUUCUUUCUUUCUCAGCCUGUUUUUUCUAUCUAUCUAUCUAUCUAUCUAUCUAUCUAUCUAUCUAUCUAUCUAUCUCAGUCAUUCUUUCUUUCUUUCUUUCUUUCUUUCUUUCUUUCUUUCUUUCUUUUCCAUUCUGUUUUUUAUCUAUCUAUCUAUCUAUCUAUCUAUCUAUCUAUCUAUCUAUCUAUCUAUCUAUCUAUGUGAUAUCUUUCUUUCUUUCUUUCUUUCUUUCUUUUAUUUCUUUCUUUCUUUCUUUCUUUCUUUCUUUCUCAGUCCAUUUUUUCUAUCUAUCUAUCUAUCUAUCUAUCUAUCUAUCUAUCUAUCUCAGUCAUUCUUUCUUUCUUUCUUUCUUUCUUUCUUUCUUUCCCAGUCUGUUUUUCUAUCUAUCUAUCUAUCUAUCUAUCUAUCUAUCUAUCUAUCUAUGUGAGUCUUUCUUUCUUUCUUUCUUUCUUUCUUUCUUUCUUUCUUUCUUUCUUUCUUUCUCAGUCCAUUUUUUCUAUCUAUCUAUCUAUCUAUCUAUCUAUCUAUCUAUCUAUCUAAUAUUAUAUAUGCUAUCGGCUUUACGACUUCACAUAUUUUUCUGCACUGAUCUAGAUCUAUUUCAGUCUGAUUGUUUCUUUCUUUCUUUCUUUCUUUCUUUCUUUCUUUCUUUCUUUCUUAGCCUAUUUCUUUUCUAUCUAUCUAUCUAUCUAUCUAUCUAUCUAUCUAUCUAUCUAUCUAUCUCAGUCUUUCUUUCUUUCUUUCUUUCUUUCUUUCUUUCUUUUUUUUUUUUUCUUUCUUUCCCAGUCUUUCUUUCUUUCUCAGCCUGUUUUUUUCUAUCUAUCUAUCUAUCUAUCUAUCUAUCUAUCUAUCUAUCUAUCUAUCUAUCUCUCUCAGUCUUUCUUUCUUUCUUUCUUUCUUUCUUUCUUUCUUUCUUAUGGUAA